CUCAGUACUUUCUUUGUGGCGAGACAUUCCCCAGGUCAUCCUCUCUUCCAGCUUCUCUGAUCCAGGAGGAAAGUCUCUGCGCCAGGAUUUGGAGACCCUAGCUAGCUACCUCUUCUGUACCUCAGACAUCAGGACCUGGGAUGAGAAGAGGAUUCCACACCAUUGGAGAGCCCAUAGAUCUGUAACUUUUGUGUCUGGAAACUAGUUGAAAAUGACCUGACUCUCUUUAGAAUGGUUUCUGUCUGACCGAGAUAUUUUUAUUGAAACUCAUUUUGUCAGUGUGGAGGCAGGGUAUCAACAGAGUGAGAAUCGUGGGUGUUCCAACAGCUCUGUGAGUGCUUGACAAACCUUUUCUCUUUACUCCUGUGGAUAUUGUUUUGGAGUCAAACUCGGAGGGUGUGACCAAGGUUUCAGGUCCGAGCCCUCAUUCUACACCACUGGGUCACCUAUCCUCAGCAGCCACAACAGGGAACUGGGAGACAGAAAGGUGGAUAUAGUGUGUUGGGCCAACUACACCGGUGGAGAGGACCUUUUUUUAACCCCUUCUUACCUGUCCUGUACCUGGAUAGGACUUGGAAAACGAGAUGGGGGCUGCCUUCAAGAGGUUCUGUGCUCUGUUCUGUUGCUGCUGCUGCUGUAGCGAUGAUGAAAGUGAGGAGAAGGAGCCUUUAAUCAGUCCUGACACUUUGGAGUACUUCGACCGCGAGGCAAAGAAGCGAAGGGAACAGGAACAGAACCUAUGGAGUGAGCCAGGCGACCCGAGCCACUCCGAGAGAGACGAUGACCGGAUCCUGUACAACCUCAUCCAGAACAGGAACCAGACCCGCAGGGGCUCGCUGGCGCACCGGCGUCUGAGUGUGGACAUUGAGGGUAUGAGAGAUCUGCGUCGGGAGGUCAGGGACAAGUGGAAGAUGAUCCUGGAGAAUUUAGGGUUCAUGGCGGAGGCGGAGUCUCUGCUGACGGUGUCUGCCAGUGCGUCGUAUGACCGUAUGAAGAACGCCUCGGCGUCACGCACACUACUGCACACGCUCCACUCUGAGACAUCUAUCUUCAACACCCGGGAGGCCCCACCUGAGAGAUACCUCUUCAUCCUGGAUCGUCUCAUAUACCUGGAUGCUGCUGAGGACUUCUUGGCGAAGGCUAGACGCUUCUACCCCAAGCGUGAUACUGAUGAUGAAGAUGAGGACAACCCAUUAGCAGUCAACCUGCCGCUGCUGCUGGCCAGAGUGAACCGCACCAUGAACGGAGAAGGGAGCGAUGAUGAGGACGAGAGGCUGGAUGAGGAAGAUGGGAAUGGAAGAGAGGACAACUUCUAGACAGAACAGGAGCUGCAAUGACCUCAAACAGUAGACAGGGGGCAGAACUUAGUUUAUGUUGCAGAGUUGGGAGUAUGCAGGACUAGGAUGUCUGAUUCUGAAUGUACUUUGUUGAAAAUACUCUCCCAAUUUGCACUAACACUAGGGGCUCUAUUCAAUCUGUGUUGCUGAAGUGUUACAAAUUGUGCAAUAGAAAUGUAAAGGUCAUUUUUGAUUGAACAGACAUAUGCAGUGUUUACUGUGAAAGCAGUCUCUGCUAACACGGGAACAUUGCCUUUACAUUUCAAUCACUCUGUAACGCUGCACUUCCGCGAUUCAAAUUGAGUAGAGCCCGAGGUUUAACAGAAAAUAUACAGCUUUCCUUUCUCAUCAGAAACGUGAUCCAAUUUGAUUCUGGUUUUCUUAUUUUUCUGUUUAGGCAUACUUAGCUGGGUCUCGGGUAUAUCAGGGAGAGUUUUGGAGGUUAUCACCCUGCCCUAUUUUUUUUAUCCAUCCAGACCGUGUUAGUUACCCAACUCCCUGGGCUGUUCAUUAUUGGUCUCCGCCAGGGAACACAGUGGACACAGUUAAACACAGCACUGAAACCCGUAGGGCACAGCUGUCCUGUUCCACAUCAGCACUUUGUCUCAUGAUUAUCAGCACUUGUUUUAUCGAGUCACAAGACAGUCUUUUAAAACCAGUAGUUGAGAUUACCUUGGAAUAAAUGUGUCGUAAACAAAUUCAAUCAUUUUUGAGUUGUCAAUUUCCUCACGGACCAUGCUUAUCAAGAGGUACUAGUGUGUUUUAGUUCAUGAAGUUUACAGAGAUGAGUUUAGUAACAAAAUGACUCAACUUUGAGUCGGUGUAUGGGUCUGUAUGAACAGCGGAGGUCACUUUAAGGUUAAUGUGUCCACGGGGAGCUCUAAACUCCCAGUCACAUGUCGGCAUUGUGUGGUCACAGCUCCAACACUGUGGCUCAGCCAUGCCUGCUGUGAGCCACGCCCCACACAGAUGGCCUCUGACCUGGCCUGUCCAGGGCGUGCUCAUCCCUCUGGGUUCACAGGGGUGUGUGGAUGAGGAUGUUGAUGUUUUGAUGGUCAGCUGUCUGUAAUGUUACGUGAGAAUGACACUGGUGAGGGUACAUCUCUCAACACGGCAGCAGCCUGUUUCUUAGAACAUAGACGGUGGAUUCAUGCCCAUAGGGGGAACAAAGCCACACACUCCCUCAGAUGUGUCCUGUUUUUACAUUUUUCAGAUGUUAAAUUAAUUACUCAACUUCAUUUUUAAGCCCAUGUUUUAUAAUUAUAAAAAAUAUAUAUAUUGUGGAGGUGGCACACUGACUGGACAAGGCAAAGUGUACCCCCUCCCCCUCUAUUCCUCCUAGUAAGUGGUUCCUUCCAAGGUGCACAGAGCAAAGAGGUGCCUAGACAAGAUGCUAGAUACUCUAGUCUAAUAGUUGCAGUAUUGUCAGUGGAGAAGAGAAAGUGUGGAGUGACACUUGAUUUUAGCUGCCAGUGAUGGGCAGGAGGUAUGUUUGUGAAUUUAUUUGAUUAAGCUGUGUAGCCUAUUGAUUCCUUC